AUGAAGCUUACUCUCUUUUUGGCGACAAUCGCCGUGGCUUCUGCCGUCAACUGUCCGGCUGACACUGUUUAUGAUAACAUUAUGAACAGAUGUUAUGAGUUCGUUAUAAGUGGUGUUGGAUUCCAACAAGCUCAAGAAUACUGCUUAUCUCGUUCAGGAAUUUUGGUAUCUAUCCACAAUGGAACUGAGAAUUUCUACCUUGCUGAAUCUGGAAAACAACAGUUCUCUGGAAAUAAGAACUAUUGGAUUGGAUUAUCUAACAUUCCGGGUAAAUGGAGCUGGACUGAUGGAUCAUCUCUUACAUACACAAGCUGGAGUGCUAACGAACCUGGAAACAGCACCAACGUUUGCGCCUAUUCUAACACCGUCACGGCUUCUUGGACACAUGCUAACUGUGAAAAUGUUUUGCCUUUCAUUUGCUCGUAUGAUGCCAAUCCAACAACACCACAAGCUCCUACCACAACUCAUGGACCUAAGUGUCCAUCAGAUCAAACUUAUAAUUUAGCUACCGACUCAUGUUACUACGUUGGAACUAGUGCCGGUUUCUGGAGUGCGGAAAGCAUGUGUGUCGCCCUCGGAGGUCACUUAACUUCAAUUCACAGUAGUGCAGAGAACCUAUUCGUUAUGGGUCUAACUUCUAUUGGGGGAACUCGUAAAGCCGAUGAAAUGACAUGGAUUGGUCUUCAUUACACAGGAAAAGAUUGGAUUUGGUCUGAUGGAACUGAAGUGACAUACAGAAACUGGGAACCAGGAAUGCCCUCAGAUGUUAAAAGUGAUCAAUGUGUAGAGCUUCUCCAAGAUGACUACAGCAAAAAGAAGAACGUAAAAGGUACUUGGAAUAAUCAACCUUGCAAUUGGAACAUGAGGAAGUUCGUUUGUAAAGUAAAAACUCUCUGGUAG